AGAACCGGGAAGACAGCCUCACAAUUCUCAUGUCAAAUCGAUAUCAGCUCGGGAGGAGCGCGCACGGGGAGCGCAACUAUCAUUCUACCAUCACCAUCACUCUCGCUUCUCCAGCCGCUAGCAGACCCGUCUUACGGGCAUUGGCGGGGGACCAUUGCCAAUAACACAAUUAACUUGUGUGGAACGUUUAGAAAACACGAGUCUGUGUUCUCGUGUUUGGAUUUAUUCACUUUUGGUGACUUUUUUUUAAUGCCACGAAUGAGUAACCUUCCCAUGUCUAUGUCACUGUCCUCUUUUGGUUCCAUCUAUUAUGGGACGCAGUAUAAUAACUAGAGGGUGGAUCCAGUCGAUAACCAAACUCAGACAGCUCACCCGGCUCCCGUGCGGUGGCACCCCGGCUUUAGCCCACCCCGCUGCCAGAGAGUGGCCGGCUCCGCUAGAUGGACAGGGAGCUCGAAGGAUUGCCUAGUAGUCGGAAACCGGAUUCAGUGGAGUGAAGAAAAAGCAACACACAGCAAGCGUGCUAUCCCUGAUUCCUAAACAAUUUGAUUAUGCCAUCGGUUUUAUAGAUUUAGGGGCCGUCGCUGUGUGAGAGGAGGAAAAGGAGGUGCAGGGGAAAGAGGAAGAGAAGGAGGACGUGUGUGCAGUCAUGACAUUGACCCUCGUCCCAUAGAGCAUCCUGCUCCGAUCAAGACUGACCAGAAAGGAGAAGGACAGACAGGACAAGAAGGAUGAAGCUGUGGGGGAGGUCAGCUUGGCCUUUGCAGGUGGCCCUCCUUGUUGCCGUGGUGAUGUUCUGUGGUCGCCAGGUGUCUGCUGGCAGCCGUAACCAUCGGGGACAGACAGCCUCCUACCAGGUGAAGCAGGGGACCUGUGAGGUGGUGGCCAUCCACCGCUGCUGUAAUAAGAACAAGAUUGAGGAGCGCUCUCAGACCGUCAAGUGCUCCUGUUUCCCAGGCCAGGUCGCUGGCACAACCAGAGCCAGGCCGUCCUGUGUGGAAGCCUCCAUCGUGAUUCAGAAGUGGUGGUGUCAGAUGAACCCCUGCAUGGAGGGAGAGGAAUGUAAGGUGCUCCCUGACCUCACCGGCUGGUCCUGCAACACUGGAAACAAAGUCAAAACCACCAAGGUCACACGAUAGCAAGAGAAUCACUGAGCAGCGACCAUCACCAAGUCUCUCUACCGUUAACUCCAUGUGUAAAGAAAGGACAGCGCUCAUAUCUGAGACACUUAGACUGCCGACUGACGGAAGACUGUAAGUCAUCUCAUAAUACCAAGCUGUGACAAAAACUACAGAACAUAUAAAAAAAAACACUCUCUGAUGGACCGAGACACCGAGAUACAGUGUCAAAUGUAAUGCCCAAAACUGCUAUGGACUAUAGACUUCAUAGAAACAAAGGGUGCAUACUGUUAUGGAUGAUAAAGACUCCGUCUGAAUACUUUUGAGGAGCAUCUGAAGACAUUUGCCUGUUAAUAAACAAAUAGGGAGAACCAAAGAGGUGGUUUUGACCAGUGGCCGAGGAGGAAGUGUAAUCGAUAGCUGUUUUGACGAAGCAUUUGUGGAUGUGUUGGCACCAGAGCCGCAUACAGUGUGUCAGUGUGUGUUUCUAUGGCUCUUGGACUGGAUCCUGAACUACUCUGAUUAUAGAAUGGAGUGUCGCUGCUCUAUCAGGAGGACUUUCUAUUCAUGAGGGGAGGAAUACAUCACUCGUGAAUCGCAAAUUAUUGUCAAAUUACUCAUGGGUCAACUCAUUACCAUGGAGAUGUUUCGAUUAAUUUAACAGUUCUAAUUAGUGUUGCUAAGAAGGAUCAUAACAACAUAUAAAACAUUUAAUGUAAGAUCUUUGCACUAGUAGAAGACCGUUUUAGGAAUGUUUUGUUUUUCUAGUUAUUUCUCGUCUUUUGCUGGUGAUGUCACAUUAAAUGAAAGAGAGGAAGAUAUUUUUGAAGAGUUUUGCCUCUGAUGCUGUAGAGAUGACACAGCCCUUCUCUCUGGUAUAGUUACAGGUUAUUACAAGUUAUUCCAUGGCUCAGACUAAAGGUAUAGUUCCCUUUGAACAUAUUUAACUAUAUACUCCGAUUCAUUGAUAACAAGCAAGUAACCUGGACAUCAUGUGGUCGGUCACUGACUCUCUAGAUCUACAGGUUACUUUCUAGUUUUCCAUAAAAUAAGGUAAAUGUGUCAUUUGUGGGAACUAAUCCUUUAAAGAGUAUUAAAUACUGCUUGUCACUAACUGUGGACUGUCCAGAAAGCUGAAAGUCGAUACCUGUGUGACAUCUCUUAUGUAAACUGUAAAAUAGAGCGCCCAUAAACCAUUAAAACAAGGUUCUGCUUGUGUCGUGUUUCAGUUU